ACACACACAUUAACAUUAUCCCACAAUCUUUUACACAAACACCACCAUCCAAAUCCGUCUUCCCUCACACUCACACUCACUCUCCAAUAUUUCUCCUCGGAUCUGAAUACCCGAUUUCUCGUGCUCCAUUUCAUGUUUUACAGUUCCGAAAAAUGGGGAAAAGCGGGAGAGAUUGGACACAGAUCUAUACAAUAUACGGAAUGGACGAUUGGCACACACCGAUUUUUCUAUUAAUCCACGCGCUUAUAUUUUCGGCAUCAUCCGUUAUUUUCUUAAUGUAUUUCAACUGGAUCUGUUACUCUUUCGAAUCAAUCUCGCCGUCGGUGUUUUCCACCAGUGUUGCGAGAUUUGCGGCGGGUUUUACGGGUUCUGUUACCGCGCUUUCUGCUGUUUGUUUGUUUUAUGCGGCUGGAAACAUGUUUUACUCUUCGGUUGCGUUAAGAUGGGAUAUGGCGCAACGUAUGGUCAACGCGGUCCAUGAUUGGUCAACGGUGAAGACGGUUUUGGAUGUUGGGUGUGGUCGUGGUAUACUUCUUAACACGGUUGCGAUGCAGUUGAAGAAAGAAGGAAGUUGUGGCCGGGUCGUUGGGUUGGAUCGUAAGAACACGACCGUGUCAACGUUAAGGACCGCAGGUAUGGAAGGGGUACAAGAGUACGUGACAUGCCGUGAAGGCGAUGCACGUCGUUUGCCGUUCCCGGACAACUACUUCGACGUGGUGGUGUCGGCAGGGUUCGUUCACAAAGUAGGGAAAGAAUUUGGGACAAAAAGUGCGGCGGCAUCGGCCGAAAGGAUGAGGGUGGUGGGGGAGGUAGUAAGGGUGUUAAAAGAGGGCGGGAUAGGAGUUGUGUGGGACCUAGUUCAUGUUCCGGAGUACGUACUCCGGCUACAAGAAUUAAAAAUGGAAGACAUAAGAGUGUCGGAACGAGUAACGGCGUUUAUGGUGAGUAGCCACAUUGUGUCCUUUCGAAAGCCUAGCCAACAUGUGGUCGGACCCAAUGAAGUGCGAUUGGAUUGGAGAUUUGUCUAAACAAAUGUUUGCUUCAUUUCUUUUUUUCCUGUUUUUAAAAUGGAAAAAAAAUGAUAUGAUAUAUAUAUAGAUAUAAGAAUAAGUAUACAUAAUAUAUGUAGUUGAAUAAACUAGUAUAUGAUGAAUUAGUGUUAGUGACACAAUAGUGUUAGAUUUGGAAGUGUUAGUAACUUAGUAUAUAUAGGUUUGGAAAAUAUGAGGUGUGUAAAAGCUGGUGACACAAAGUGAAUCCAGAAAUCUUAAUAUAGUUUCUAUAAAUUAUAAGCUUUUUAUGAUAAA